GUACACCAACACACUACAGGGCAACGAGCAGCGUGUGUAUGAGUUCAUUGUGCGUCACUUCCUGGCGUGCGUAUCCCUUGAUGCUGUGGGGCAGGAAACGGUGGUCGAGGUGGAAAUGGCUCACGAGAGGUUCUCCGCCAACGGCCUCAUGAUCAUCAGGAGGAACUACCUGGACGUGUACCCCUACGACCGCUGGAGCACGAAGGUGAUCCCAGUGUAUGAGCAGGGUAGCCAGUUCCAGCCGUCAGCGAUAGAGAUGCUGGAUGGCCAGACCUCUCCUCCUCAACUCCUCACGGAGGCAGACCUCAUAUCACUGAUGGAGAAACACGGCAUCGGUACGGAUGCCACCCAUGCAGAUCACAUUGAGACGAUAAAGAGCCGUAUGUACGUGGGACUGACAGCUGAUCAGAGGUUUCUACCAGGAGAACUUGGGAUGGGACUGGUGGAGGGUUAUAACUCCAUGGGGUAUGAGAUGUCUAAGCCACACCUGCGGGCGGAGCUGGAGGCGGACCUGAAGCUGGUAUCGGAGGGGAGGAAGGACAAACAGAGCGUGUUGAGACAUCACAUUCACAAAUACAAGACGGUCUUCGUAGAGUCUGUUAAGAAAGCCAAGAGGUUGGACGAGGCUCUGUCUAUCUAUCUGGGGGCGCGCCCAGGAGUUCAGCGAAUCAGAGCAGCAGGAUAUGGAAAUGCCCCUCCCAGUCAGGAAAUGUCCUCAGUGUGGGCGGGACAUGGUGCUGCGGAGGAGGAAGGAGGGGAACGGGAAGUACCUGUCCUGCGUUGGUUACCCAGAAUGCAAGUGUUCCGUGUGGUUUCCGGACACGGUGUUAGAGGUCAACAGAGACGAGUCUGUCUGUCCCACCUGUCAGCCCCGCCCCGUUCACAUGUAGGUAUCUGUCUGUCUGUCUGUCUGUCUGUCUGUCUGUCUGUCUGUCUGUCUGUCUGUCUGUUAUACCUGUCUGUCUGUUAUACCUGUCUGUCUGUCUGCCUGCUUGUCUGCCCGCCCUGAUGGUAGUGGAGACAGUGAUAUAAACCAGCCACAUCAAAGAGUCCUGAUGGAGACAUCAGUACAGAUAUCUUGGUACUGUUCUUGAUAGCAAACUGAGUUUUGAAGCCAAUCUGAGGAAUCUCUCCAGUUUCAGGGUGGACGAGGCCCUGAUGACCGUCUGUUACAGAUGGUUCAUUUAACCCAUUCUGAUAUUCAGGGUCGUCUGUUACAGAUGGUUCAUUUAAUCCAUUCUAACAUUCAGGGCCGUCUGUUACAGAUGGUUCAUUUAAUCCAUUCUGAUAUUCAGGGUCGUCUGUUACAGAUGGUUCAUUUAAUCCAUUCUAACGUUCAGGGCCGUCUGUUACAGA